UGACGUCUCCCUCCAGCAAGGCUGUGAGACCUUCGAAGGCGGGGUCUGUAUCGAAUGGGUCCUCAGAGCCCUGGACGGGGUCUGGUCCAGGGGGAUUCUUUUAACAAGUCACUCUACAAUUUAUGGAGUCUGUACUAUACGUUGAGCCCUGUGUGUGGCGCGGCAGCUUUAUCAGUGAAUGAGAUGCACGCCCUGCCCUACUGGAGUCCACAGUUUGGGGAGCUAGAAAGGUAACAACAAUAGCGGUAAGUGUUAUUGAGGAUUCAGAAAUGAUGAUGUGUCUUUGAAUUAGGGAUGGAUGGAGGGGUAACCGGUGGCCUUAUUUGCAGGGACAGGUAGUUAGGGAAGGACACCGAGGAGGUGACAUUUGAGCCAAGGCCAGAAGGCCAAGAAAGUCCCCAUAUGUGAAGAUUUGGGGAGGCCGUUCCCCCAUCGUCCCCCGUUGGUAAAGAAACCUUUGCCAGUGCAAAGGUCCUGAGGCCAGAGAUUAGCCUACUUAAUUGGAAGAAGAGACCAUCUUUGACAGUCUCCACUUGGAUCUCAAACUCACCACCUCAGUCCCUCUCCUCCUAACUCUGAUCUCCCUGAAGUCUUCCACACCUCAACAAAGAGCCCUCAACUCAGCAAAGGAGCGCUCCACACACCUGAGAGAGACAGCGCGAGAGCGGGGGAGAGGGGCAGCAGGAGAGAGUGAGAGAUCGAAUCCCAAACAGGCUCCACGCCCAGCGCGGAGCUCAAUGCAGGGCUUCGUCCCGCGACCCUGGGACCAUGACCUGAACCGAAAUCAAGAGUCAAACACUCCACUGGCUGAGAUGUCCAGCAAGGUGGCCAUUGGCAGCGACAUCGGGCAGGCCCGCCGGGCUGUGGAGCAGCUGCGGGUGGAGGCGGGCAUCGACCGCAUGAAGGUGUCCAAGGCGGCCGGCGACCUGCUGCAGUUCUGCACGGAGCGGGCCAAGAGCGACCCCUUCCUUGUGGGCAUCCCGGCUGCCACCAACCCCUUCAAGGAGAAGAAGCCCUGUGCCAUCUUAUAACUCACGGCCCUGACCGCCCAGGAGGCCUCAAUAAAAAGGAAGUGAAUGAUC